AUGUCUUUCCUUCAUGGUGUUUUGCAUACUGUGAAGGAUGAUGAUAGUGUAAAGAAAUAUGAUGGUUACAUUAAUAAAGGACACAAAUUUGAUGAAGUCUCCACAUCUCUCAAGAAUUCUGUUGGUCGAGGCUCCAUGGAGUUGUCUCCUCAACUUAUCAAGGUUGGAGCAUUGACUAAAAGGGUCACGGACCAAUUAGGUGAGUUGAAAACCACUAAAUUUGAUGAAUCUAUGAAAUCUGUUUCAGAUAGUGUCAACGACAAUCUUCAAGGUCAGCUGGAGAAGUGGAAGUCUACACUACAGAAGAUUGAAGAACACAUUAACACCAACAUAAUCACUAAUGUUUCUAACUUAGACCCCGCACUUAGCGAUAAGAUAAAGCGUGAAAUUGAGCCCGUGCAAAAGGUGGUGGCGCACUUGGGGAAGGUGGCUGGGGAUGGCGGCCUUGAGAUGAUGGUGACUGAGGUGGACAAUGAGUUGCUGCAGCAGAAGAACAAGUUGGAAGGAAAGAUCAAUAUGCAGACUCAUAUUGUGCAGGUGACGUUGGAUGAGGAGUUUGGGAAGAUUUUGAAAAACAUGAAUAUUUUGCAUAGACAAAGGCAUGAACACUUCAAAGUUAUCAGAGACUCUUUGGAUGUGGCAAAGUUGAAGGUUGAUGAGUGGUUAGGAAAUCCCACCGGAACCACGCGAGUUGAGAUUUUGGGAUUUCUUGAUGAAGUCACAACGCAGAUCAAUGGAGUUUACACUACCUUGUUGUCCAAGAAAUUUGAUCUUGAUAAGUUAGUGGAGCAGACGCAAGAACACUUUGAGACCUUGAAGAAAAAUACGAUUAGCCUUAUAGGUAAAAAUGAGGAAAGUAUAGAGUACAAUUGGAAGAUUCUUAAGGCAAAGGUUACUCUGCUUUGUGAGAGUAUUUCCUAUGGUUAUGAUGGUACAUCCGGCCAUCUUGGUGAGAUUGAGAAUAAAGUAAAGGAUUAUGCUGGGGAGUUCAGUAAAGAGAAGUUUAAAAGUAGUGUUGUAGAUGAAUGGUUAAAUGAUGUUUUGAGAACUGGAGGAACAGUGGAUUUGUCGAUUGAUGCUUAUAUUUUGAGUAACAAGCGCUCUGGCUAUUUUCAGCAACAGGACCAAGGUGGGAUAAAACAAAAGGUUAUAAAGCAUAUUAGAAAGGUUAUUGACUCGAAGCUUCAAAGCAUAAUUACAGGCGUUACUGCUGUAGAAAACUCUGACAAAGCUGGAAUCGCUACUAAUUUAACAAAGAUAAAAACUUGUAUUGAUUCAUUCGUCCAAGAGCUGACGAAGAGUAUGCAAUCGGCAGAAUUUAAAAGCUCUAAGAUAGUUCCCGAAAUUGUUGCAGAAUAUGACAGCGACAGCGGGUUGGUGGUUAAGUCCAAGAAAGAUACACAAGCUGACAACCUUCUCUAUUCCGCCUUCAACCGCAUACUUAAACAUCUGACUGAACGGGCAAAGAAAGCUUCCACCGAACGUGCAUGGCUUGACGGCACCACGGACAAAACCAGGGUAAAUGGCAAAUCCACCAUCGCCAACGAAAUAGAUGAAGCAAUUAAGAAAGUCGAACUUAUUGGCAAGGAGUUUAAGGACGGAGAAAACAGCAAACAGAGCCACGGUAAGAAACUUGACGCGGCGUUGAAGACAGUUAAGCAGGAAAUUGAUACGCUGACUCCUUUGUUGAACAAGGCAGCGAAAUCCGGCUCUAUUCUUAAGAAGCUGGGAGAGAUGUCGCCACCACUUGCCACACUUGAAAGAAUCCAGAGAAAUGAUGCGACAGGCGAAAUAAACAAGAAAAGGAAAGAUGUCGAUGAUAAGAUGCAGGCAUUGAGGGAUAACAUUGCAGCCGUCAUUACGGCUAUCACAUUAAAUGUAGAUAAAGCAGAUAAAUCGUUAUAUGAAGCAAUCGAUGCGGUCGACAAAUCUGCUCGAUCGGCACAGAGGAUUGCGGAGGACAGCGUUAAACAACUUGAAAAUGCCCUCCUCCAACAAGUCAAAACAUCCUUCACCACCCUCACAAAUUCCGUCCACUCCCUCUUCUCCGCCUCCCACGCCGCCGACCUCCAGGCCCUGCGCGCGCUCGUCGACCAGCAACUGCGGGAAGUGCAAAACAUAAUCGCGCGGGACGCAGUCACGGGCGUGAAGGGGAUGCUGAAGUGGAUGAAAGGCACAGGUGAAUAUUCUUUGGGAGAAAUUCAAAAAAUUGUUCCUACGCCAACUCAGCCAACUCUGACAGCGAAGGAUCAUUCCGGUAAGUUCAAAGACUUAUCCACAAGAUUUGAGAAAUAUGCUGAUAAAGUUCUCGUUUACAUCGAAGGACAAGUAAAAACGCCGAAUAAAGAUCCCUCUCAGGAUCCGGAGUCUAAUCCACAAUCCGAUAACGUCCACGAUAUUCAAGGCAAACUAGACUACUUACUUAACUAUCUUAAACGUAACACAUCUGGUAAUUUAAGUAGGCCGUAUAACUUCGAUCAUACAUCUAAUGAAUUGCUCGAUAAACUCAAGAAAUCCGUUAGCGACUUAACAUCCCCCAACUUCCACGGCUUCCAAAACCCGCUCCUCCUCGACGCACUCAAGUCCGGCAUGAGAAAAUUCACCGAGCAACUCUCCCACGCGUACGUAAAUAAAUACUCCGGCUUACCUUUAGGUAAACUGGUAGAGACUAAAUCGGACGGUGACACCGAACAAGUCCUUUCCACCGAGGGCCGCAACUGCGCCAAGGUCUGCCUGACCAUAGUGGAUAUCUUAGAUCGCGACAUGUAUACUUUGAAGCAUAGUUCUCUCGGUGGUUGGAAAAAUGAUAAUAUUAUCUCAACUACCAAACUUGGCGCUUUUCUCAAAGAGUGUGGAUACAUCGUGUCCGACUCUGCCGAUAAGCAAAAUGGUCAGCUGGACAGACAUCAUAAUGGUGAGAAUAUUUGUAAAUUAUUCAGCCAGAAAAUCACCUAUAUAGCCGGUGAAUCCAAAAACCUUGUGGAAAAAUAUUUCUCGACUAAGAAUGGUGUAGAAGUUGAUAAGAUUAUUAAAGUCCAUUACACUAUGUUCGACAAGUACCGCUACGUCUGCCACCUUAAGCAUGUUCCCAACGCAAAGCCUCCGACAACAGUCUGCCAGAUGCUUCAUUGGCUUGCUGGGUUGUAUUGGAAUAGGAUGUACAAUGAAUUGCGAUUGCACUUCGACACAUGGUUUAAGGCAUCAACUAAUGACUAUAAAUUAUCAAGCGAUUCGUUUGACGUCGCCGCGCCAUAUAGGGACGCCUGGACGAUGAAAGCAACCGUCAGCAUUAAAAACAUUAAAGACUUAUUCAACACUGUAACCCUGCGCUCAUAUGAAAUAUUACGUGCUUUCGUAGGCCAUGGCCAUGCUGACGGCCGUUAUGCCUGCGAAUUUUAUACCAACCCAGACAAUUUGGAAUAUCCUAAUGACAUCAGUAAAUGUUUUGAUAUGCUCGUAGAUAUAUGUUUAAGACUUAAUUACCAACUUCAUUUCCUAUAUACACAGUGCUGCAAUGGUCCUGAUAGUAGCGGCUGGCGUGAUUGCCAUUACGGCAGGCACGUCGGUGGGUCCAACUGGAGCUGUAAUAAGCUCCAAUGCCCUGGCCAACAGGGUGACCAAAGUGCCAACCAAAUAGCUAACCAAACGUGUGAACAACACCCUAAGUGCUGUAAAAAAUCUCCUCCAAGCAUAUUUGGAAGACGGUCUUCCAGGCUUCCUCCCACAUACAUUCACUUUGCCCAGUUAGGUAUUCCAUGUAUCACACCGAUGGGCUUCACCGAUAUUGGUAUUGCAGCGUCGCAUACAAAAACGGGUGCCCAUCUGAAAUCUCUUCUUCAACCUUUCUGUAGUUCAGCAAGGGAACCACUCACUAUGCUCUGCGCUUUCUUCACGUGUCUUAUUCGUAGGCCUCCUCAGACUCUUGGUGACAUGUUUGCAUUUUAUUAUAACUUCCUUGAGCAUUGGGGCGGACAUUAUGAUGGUGAUAAAAAAACUGCCAAGGAGCAUAAGCAGGAAGCAUUUCAAAAUGCCGUCACCGCUGCCAACUUUGGACGUCCUUACGUUGGCUUAGAUCCAACUACUAUCUUAUGUAGCAGUACGCACUCUAAUAGUAAACAUAACAUGGGGGACCUAUUCGGCCUUUUAUAUUGUAACCUUAAUUCAAAACCAAACAUGCCCUGUGGCCAAUACCUACAGCCACUGUCAUCAGAUGUCCAUUCCAUGUUUCACGGAAAACACGCUGGCCGUUACCUCUCUUGGAUAGUAUAUAUGACAGAGACUUUCUAUGAUUUACUUAAGAAAUUGUAUGAUGACUGCUGUGCUAAAUGCGGCAAGCCGAACAGCAGAUGCUACCAGAAAUGCUGUGCUGAUAAUUGUGCAGUGAAAUUAGCAUACGAAGCUGAGGAACCUGAGCUCAAGAAACUCGAAGGCAAAAAUCACGACGAAAAAUGCCAUUCCAUCGUCAAUGUCAAAACACCCAUCCGACACUGUAUACAUAUGGCUUCACUCUUGGGAGCCCAUGGAACCUAA